AUGACGAUGAAAUUAAAUCUCACCUUCUGUGUUUCAGAAUGCACACCAAUUAUACAAGAUGUUAUCAUCAUAGAGGAUGUUUCUAUAUCUAUCGGUCCACAUAACUAUGAGAAAACGAAGGCCUUUGUGGUUGAUACCAUCAGAAACAUCUCCAAAAGUUCAAAGGAAACUAACGUGGCUUUCAUGGUCUUCUCGGACACAGCUGAAGUCUUAUUCCACCUGAAUACCUACAGGGACAAGAAGACAAGCAUCAUGGAAGCCAUUGAUUCCAAAACGCAUACAGGGGGGAACACAUUUCUUGGAGAUGCUAUCAAACUUGCAACAUCUGAAGUCUUCACGGAAAUCAAUGGGGAUCGGUCUAACGUUCCGAAUGUGGUUCUUCUCUUGACUGACGGGAACAGUGACGCUAAUGAAGACGUGAGAAGUAGCAUUGAUGGGUUGAAAGCCAAGGCGGAAGUGUUUGUGGUGACAGUCACUGACCAAGUGGACAACACCACCAUCGACUUGGUCGCUUCUUUCCCUGCUCUGAACCACGUGUUCCACAUCGACACUGCUGAAACAGCAAGCAGCAUCAAGGAUGUAACUUCCGGCCACAUUUGCCCUAAACCUGUAUCCCAUUAUUAACGUCUGUAAUAUCAUGCGAUAGAAUAAAGUUAUGAAGAUGCAGCAUGUCUUCAUUUCUGUGUU